AUGUCUCCUAAUAACGAGCAGACACCGCUGCUCCAGGAGAGGUGGAGCGAGGAAGCAGAGGAUCGAACUGUUCUUCGGAUCGACGAUCUUCCCAAAGGGAGUAAUCCACGAGAAUGGACUCGAUGGAACAAAAUGGCCAACGUGGUCGUUAUUGCAUGCAUGUCGAUUCUAAGUCCUCUUGUAAGCUCCAUGUUUACGCCAGGCAUUGCUCAAAUCGCGGAAGACCUCAACACGACUACAACCGCUGUGAUCGGUACAACGACCGGAUACGUUGUCAUGCUGGGGAUCGGACCGCUUCUAUUAGCACCUCUUUCUGAGACUUUUGGUCGCAGGAACGUCUACCUAAUCUGCUUCUCGAUCUUCGCUCUCCUUCAGAUUCCGACCGGGUUUUCCCCAAACAUCGGGUUUCUUAUCACCAUACGAAGUGUCGCGGGCUUCUUCGGAAGUGUUGGUGUAGCGAACGGCGGAGGUACCAUCAGCGACAUGUUUAUUCCAAGCGAAAGAGCUGGCGUCUUUGGGUGGUACCUAUUAGGUCCUUUACUCGGUCCAACAAUUGGGCCUCUUUUGGGCGGUGUCAUUGUACAAAGACUCGGGUGGCGCUGGACAUACUGGAUCAUGGCCAUCGUGUCUGUCGUAAAUACUGCAGCAGGUUACUUUCUGCUACGUGAGACGUACGUUCCGCGAAUCCUGAGCCAGAAGAAGGAUGAGUUUGAGCGCGAUGCAUCCAACUUUGACGGCGCCAAGUACUCUUACGAGGGUGAGGACACACGACCGCUACGCCAGAAGAUCCUGCACUCCUUGAAACGACCGCCGAAGAUUUUCGCUCAGCCAAUUAUCGCGACCAUGGCUGUGUACCAAGCCCUCAUCUUCGGUACAACAUUCAGCAUUUAUACGAACAUGCAGAAAAUCUAUUCCGAUCUCUACGGUUUUGAUACCGAGCACGUGGGGCUCCUGUACCUCGGGCCGGGCCUAGGUUUCCUCUUUGCUGUUUUCUUUCUCGUGCCUCGAAUCGAUACGGUAUACAAGAGUCUUACCGCAAAGCACAACGACAAGGCAAAACCGGAGUUCCGUCUGCCGCUUGCGAAUAUCGGCGCGGUACUCAUUCCCGUAUCGUUAUUUUGGUUUGCAUGGACGGUCGAAAAGCAUGCGCAUUGGUUCGCGUCUAUCUCGGCGACGUUUUUCUACGGCAUUGGCCAAGUCAUGAUUCUGAACACCACGCAAAAUUACUACAUCGACAGUUUUGAGAAGUAUGCGGCAAGUGCUAUUGCAGCUGGCACUGUCUUCAGGAGUCUCGUUGGCGGUGUGGUACCUUUGGCAGCGCCAGGCCUGUUUGAAAAGCUGGGCUACGGCUGGGGUAUCAGCGUGUUUGGAUUUAUCGGUUUGGCAUUGGCACCCGCCCCAAUAUUGUUCUACAUCUACGGGGAGAGGAUACGCGAUCGGUUCCCGGUGUAUUUGUAG